AUGCGCCUUGCCCUCCGCCUUCUUCCAGGCGGCGUAGGCGGUUGCCUUGGCGUCCUCCCAGGUGCCCUUGCCCUUGCCCGCGCCGGUGCGGUAGGCGCUGUACGCCUGGCCCAUGGCCGCGCGCCAGGAGUUGGAGGCCUGGUCAUACCCCGCGCCCGCCCAGUCAGAGGCCACCGCCGCGGCCUUGUCGUACCCGGCGCUGGCGUAGUCGGCGGCCGUGUCGACCGCCUGCUGCGCGCCGCCGCCCACCGAGCUCGCGGCGGAGGCGGCCGCGCCCUUGGCCGUGUCAGACGCCUCCUUCACCGUGGCGGACGCAUCCUUCACCACGCCCUUUGCCGCGCCCUUGGCCUCCUUCACCGCGCCCUUGGUGGCACCCUCGGCCUGGGCGGCGGUGCCCUUGGCGGCGCCCUUGGCCUGCUCCCAGGACUCCCCGGCGCUGUUCUUCAGGCCCUGGGCCUGGGCAUACACGGCGUCCUGGUAGGAGCCGCCCAGCCCGGCCAGGCGCUUGGCAUGGAACCAGGCGCGACCAAACAGGCUGCGAGAAGGAGGAGGUGCACAGGGACGGGCGAUGAACUGGGGUGCAUUGGGCUUGUACUCGCAUACUGA